AUGGAGAAUAUUCAUUAGCAGAAGACUUAAAUAGAACCAUAAACCAAUUAAUGUAAAACUAUUAAUUUUACCUUAAGGCAUUUAUUAAGUUGACAAAAAAUCUCAUUCUGGAUAAGAAUCACAAUUCAUUUCAAAUAAAGAUUUCCUCUCAGUCACAAUAAUUGAAAACAAAGAUCCUGUUAAACAAAUUCCUAUUGGAAAACCAACUUAUUUUGAGACUUAAAGCUAGAAAGAACUCAAAAGGUUUGAUUAUAUAACUAAUUCUAGUUUAAAACUCUGUUAUGGAAUUUUUAGUUUAUUUAUUGUAGGUUUCAUUUUAGCAAGAAUCUUACCUUAAUUUUUAUUUGAUGGCUGUAGAGUUUCUGCUUGUGUCUGGAUAAUUAGGUAUUUAUUUAAUAAUAAGUAUAGUAUUACAUUAUAUGUCUCGAAUAUCAUUUAUUUCAAUUUAUUAAUCAGUAACAAAAUGUUAUAUACCAUAACGGUUUGGAUGAUCAUUAAUUGCUUAACAUUUUUAGCAGAUCUAAUAGCAACAUUACUUGCUUUUUAGGCUCCUUUAUAUUAUAAUGAAUGUAAGACUUAAGAUUAAAUGAGUACUUCAAAUGACUGUUAAUAAAAGAGAGAUUUAAAAAAUGCAUUGUAAAUAUAUCUAUUUAGAUAUAGUUCAAUAAUGAAUGUAUUAUUUUUACUAAUAAUUGGUGUGACUCAUGGAUGUUAUUGUUAUAAAGGGUAUUAGAUUCGAAAAUUAAUAAUAUCUUAAUAAAGACUAGCAAAUAAAGUUCCUGUAUCUGAAUAAAUUGAAUUUUGA